AUGAACAGUGAAAGAGAGCGAGAACUGCAGCUUGUCAGAGAUUACAAGCCUCACAAAGAUGUCCAGCAUCUCAGAAUUAUGCUUCAUGGACCACCAGGUGCUGGAAAGUCCAGCUUCAUCAACUCUGUUGACAGUACUUUAAGAGGCAAAAUCGCAACUCGAGCACCGGCAGACGGAACCUCUGGUGACGGUUUCACCAUUGCAUACAGGACAUUUAAAAUUCAGAAAGGAAAUCCAGAAACUUUUUACUCUUUUGUCUUCACUGACACCAUGGGGCUUGAGAGGGGCGCUGAGAGAGGAAUUCAUGUGGAAGACAUCAAACUUGCCAUUAGUGGACAUGUAAAAGAAGGUUAUACGUUCAAACCCAAAUCUCUCUUGCGUGAAUCGGAUCCUAACUACAAGAGCUCUCCUACUUUAGAUGACAAAGUCCAUGUUCUUGUUGUUGUUAUUCCAGCUGACACAGUGAGCAUGAUCAGUGAGGAAACUUGGAGGAAGAUGAAAGAUGUCAGACUACAUGCUCGUGACAACGGGAUCCCACAAAUAGUUAUCAUGACUAGAAUUGAUGAAGCCUGUCCUGAAGUCAAAAAAGACAUAAAGAACGCCUACAGGAGCAAGUACUUGAAUGAGCUGAUGGAAACAGUGAACAGGAACCUGGGUAUUCUACUGAACUGCAUCUUCCUCGUGAAGAACUACCACAAAGAAACUGAUACGAAUAAUGACGUGGAUUCACUGAUACUGAGUGUACUGAAAAAGAUCAUUGAUUAUGGAGAGGACUACCUGAAUGACGUACAAUGCUGACCUGUAAUCAAUGUGUGAGGGAGCUAGAAAAUGAAAAUGUUCAGUUACUCUUCAAGUGAUUAUGUUCAUGUUUCGUUUGCCAUCGUUACAGUCACAGUCACACAAAAAGUGUGUGAAAAGAAACUUCUUUUCUUUCGCAAAUUAAAUCCAAAUAAACUUCAAGGAAAAUCAGCGCAUGUACUUUUUGCU